AAAAUCCUGUUCUCUGUUUCCUAAAUUUUGGUCAUUCUCCUCAACUUUCAAUUUUCUGUUGUGGAAUUUCUUCUCUGGGUUUGAUCUGCCGCUCACAACAUCCUUGUAGAGGAAUUCAGAAUUCCGGUGAGGAAGAAUAACAGAGAGAGUCAUGAGUUACGUAUUGCCGACAUUGACGAAGAAGCAGGAGGUGGACUCCAUCAUCCGAUCCACCAUCGACAAAGUCCUCGUCCUCCGCUUCGGCCGCGCCUCCGAUUCCGCUUGCCUUCUCCUCGACGACGUUCUCGCCAAAACGGCGCGGGAGGUCUCCAAGUUCGCCACGGUCGCGCUUGUCGAUACCGAUUCGGAGGAAAUUCAAGUCUACGUCAGGUAUUUCGACAUCGCUCUGAUCCCGUCUACCAUCUUCUUCUUCAAUGCCCACCACAUGAAGAUGGAUUCCGGAACUGCGGACCACACCAAAUGGGUCGGCGCGUUUCAGCAGAAACAGGACUUUAUCGAUGUUGUCGAGGCGAUUUUCAGAGGAGCGAUGAAGGGGAAGAUGAUCGUGAAUUGCCCCCUUCCACCAGAGCGAAUACCCAAAUACCAGUUGCUCUACAAAGAUGUGUAGAAGCUCUACACAUUUAAGCCAUGUUUGAUUUUCUGGAAAAAUUCACUGCGGACGAAGGAAGCAGGGGUUGAUGGUCCUACUACAUGGUUUUGCACCAGGAAAGGCGAAAGACAUUGGUGAAAUUUUUUUGACAUGGCCAUCAUUUUGAAGUUCUAGAGCAUGAUAUGUAACUCCAUUUGCACUAGUCCUAGAUUUGGUAGUCCUAACAGGAACUGUAAGUCACUGGACUCACAAGAGUCACCAAAUCUAGAUUGAGUGCUGUUAUUCGUAUCCAUCGGUUCUAUUUUCCGAUUCACCUACUCAUGAAAGUCGUCAUGUGAACGAAUUUGAUAUGUAAACGAUCAAUCUAACACUCUUUCCAAGUGUAAUUUGUGGUGUAUUUCUACAUGUUCAUAGUAGAGAAUGACUUUUCUUGAAAUCUAAUAACAGCUAAAAAGAAAAAAGUAUGGUGGAUA